AUGAUAUCGAAGCGCAGCCAGUCGCCUGUUGGCCUCAUAGUGGUCACCUUCCUGUCUCUCUGCUCUAUGGGAAUCAUCUUGCACGGGCUGUUGGACCGACCGUUGGAGAAGCACCACCCAAGCCAGCUGUGCGGAAGCUCCGUUCAAGUGAUUGUGGCCAUCAGGACCGCACCUUCCCACUACAGCACGCGCCGAGCCAUCCGGAAGUCUAUAGGAAACGAGGCCACAAGAACUGCGCUCCCUUGGCGCAUCCUCUUCUACAUGGGCUCUACGCAGGAUCCCAAGUCAUCCCGAGUUCUGAGGAAAGAGAUAAAGAAAGAUGAUAUUGCCGUGGCCCCCAUACCAGAUAGCUCCCCGAAUGCCAUACGAAUCUUUCUGGAAAUGGCAGCGUGGCUUCACCAACACUGCAGCGCACAGUACGUUGUCCACAUUAACGACACGACGUUCCCCGAUCUGUUGGGUCUCCACAUGUACAUCGCCAAUCUUAGCGAAGAGGACAACGGCUUUCACUGCAGCGUUCAGCAUUCGGUGAGGGAGCAAAGUGACCCAGCCCAGAAGCAGUUCUUCCUUCCCCAUGUGUUCCCGGCGUACUGCGAAGGAGACGCUUUCGUGUUAAAAACAAAAUUUUUAGAAAUCCUAGUGAACGCGGCAGAAAACAGUCCGCAGUUUCCUCUUUUUGGGCAGUACGUGACAGGCCAGUUGGCCAAGGUUUCGAAUUUGGGACACAAGAACAUUGCGGAGGCAAUGGCUGGGGUGACCGACACAGGAAAGUGGACAGAGCGGAAGCUGUUCAUUACGCGUAUGGUAAAGGUUUCGUUGUGGAAGCUGUAUUGGAUGAAAAUGUUGGUCUGCUACCAGGACAAUGAGAAUAUUACGUCGGAGCUGACUGAACGAAUAAUGAACAAAUUCCAAAUCAAGCUGCUGAACUGA